AUGAAUCCUAUCAGAGUCUUUUCCCGAUCGCUGCUCAACAGAAGUGUUACAGCCCCUCUGUCGCGUCGCUGUGCUUCCUCGUCAACCAACGAACGAGUUCACUCCACGGCAGACGAGCAUCGCAAAUACCAGAAAGAAAAGCCUAACAACCCUCAUUUGACAAAUACUGCCUCGACAAUCAGCAACGAAAUUCCCACUGUUGGCGUGGACAAGGCACCACCGGACCUAAUCAGCUCGGUCGACCCAAACUAUACACCCAAGGACAACAUUCCAGAAAAAACGGAAAAGUUGACAGGCGGAACACAGGAGAGUAAGCCCGACAAAGUAAGCUCGUCCGAAUAUGACGUUGGUGAAAUGGAAGGCAUAUCUUUCAGAGUGGAACCCUUGAAAAGAACCGGAGAAGAUACAACCACCAUGAGAGCGAGAUUAUUAUACCAAAGCAGGAAGCGAGGGACAUUAGAGUCGGAUCUUCUGCUCUCCACGUUUGCGGCCACCAAUCUCUCGUCCAUGACUAAGGAGCAGCUCCAAAUAUACGAUAGCUUCCUCGACGAAAACGACUGGGAUAUAUACUACUGGGCCACUCAAACUCCCACGCCGACAUCACUCGAAUAUGCCGAGGGGGCUGUUACCGACAAGAAAACCAAGGACACUGCCUACACAUCACCUGCGAAUCCCGGACAGACCCAAGAAACCGAUGCCUGGAGACAAGGGGCGCCACGAAGUGGAGAAUGGGCACAGACCGUUGGCGCAUUUAAACCUGCAUAUCGACCCGUGCCACAACGAUGGAAGGACAGUGAGAUUUUGAAGAUGUUGCGACAGCAUGUAAAGGACCGUAGUGCUGGAGGCGUGCUCGGUGAUGCGAACAAGAGCCCCAACAGCAAAGGUGGUGGUCUUGGUCAAAUGCCUGAAGUUCAAGUGUUUAAUUGA